GACAAGAAAAUUGACAAGGCAAAGAAAAAGCGAGAAGACGACUACGACUUCGACUCAACACAAAUUGCGUUUUAAUUGAAGAAAAUUAAGUAAAAUAACUAGUUUUUGUGAUAUUUACAAACAAGAAAAAGCAAGAACAAAAAAAUAAAAUGUCGUACGCAUAUUUGUUUAAAUAUAUUAUCAUUGGGGAUACUGGUGUAGGAAAAUCUUGCCUUCUGCUUCAAUUCACCGACAAACGAUUCCAGCCUGUGCAUGAUUUGACGAUCGGCGUGGAGUUUGGAGCGCGCAUGAUCACAAUUGAUGGCAAGCAAAUCAAACUACAAAUCUGGGAUACAGCUGGCCAGGAAGCGUUCAGAUCAAUUACACGCUCAUAUUAUCGCGGUGCAGCCGGCGCUUUGUUGGUAUACGACAUUACACGCCGUGAGACUUUCAAUCAUUUAACUACAUGGCUGGAAGAUGCCCGUCAACAUUCAAACUCAAAUAUGGUUAUAAUGUUAAUCGGUAACAAAAGUGAUCUGGACUCGCGGCGUGAGGUGAAAAAAGAGGAGGGUGAAGCCUUUGCACGCGAACAUGGGCUUGUCUUCAUGGAGACUUCAGCUCGAACUGCUGCUAAUGUCGAGGAAGCGUUCAUCAAUACGGCAAAAGAGAUUUACGAGAAAAUCCAGGAAGGUGUUUUCGAUAUAAACAAUGAGGCAAAUGGCAUUAAGAUAGGACAACAGCAUUCCCCCACAAAUCCCUCACUGCCGGGUGCUGGUAAUCAGGCUGGGUCGGCUAGCAGCGGCUGCUGUUAAGUAACACUUCUCAGCUGCGGCUGAUGUAAUGAUUUUUUCUAAUAUAUAAAAAAAACAAGAACUAAUAACUAAAGAUAAUUUGCUCGUCAUUUCUAAUGCCUAUUCUAUUUGUAUUUACUAUUUUGUUGAGUACUUUUAUUUUAAAUCAAUUUAAAAAGUAAUAUGUUAGUUAAAGAGGAGCUGACAUUUCAUUAUAUUCUUAAAUUAUAAGAAAUGAAACGAAUCUAAAAAUACAUACAUACAUACAGAACAACUGCACGCAAAUAGAUCAUCAAAAACCAAAUAAAGUCUUUUUAAAACAAUUGAAUUGAUUCAAUAAUUAUUACAGUAUAGAAGUAUAACAAAAACAAAAAAUCAAAAUUGGAGUAAAUAUGGCGAAUAUGCUGAACAAACUAAUAACAAAAUAAAAUACGUCAAAACUAGUUUUCACUUAAGCUGCAGCAACUGAUAGUGUUUUGGAGUUGUUUGUAUAUUCCUGUUCCCAUUUUUUAUUAUAUACGCGCAAAAAAUUACUUAGACUUUUUAGCGCAUACCAGUGAAUUUUGUGCUGUAUACGCAUUAACGCUAUUAGAAUUUAACAAAUGAAAAAAAAAAAACAAAAACCAAAAGAGUUAAAUGGGCUUUCAAGAA